UCUGUUCGCUUCUGUUUCCCCGUCUGUUGUCUUUGUGGAAAUCCAUCCAUCCAUCAUACAUUGAUUGACACGAGUUCGUCACAAGGAAAGUAGGGAAGACGCCAUCUCCCUCCUUCAGACGCCAUCUCCAUCGUCUCGCCCAUCGCCAUAGCCAUCGCCUGCGGUGAAACCUCGAGGCGGUAGCUGGCGAUGGCGGGCGUCACACGAGUUGCCCACUUGGCAGCUUCGUCUUCCGACCUAGUCUUGCCUGGUUCAGGAAGGAGGCGUGAUGCAGAGAGAGCGUCAUCAUCUUCCACGUCCACUUCCUCUUCUUCAGCUGGUGUGUCCGCCUCCUGUUCACCCUCUUCGUCCUCUUCGUUAGUCAACAAAGGUUUCUACGCCAGUGGCAGGUCGGUAGAUGGCCAAGGAUGCCGGCGCUCUCGUCGUCUGGGAUAUUCGCGGUCGCUGCUGUGUAAUACCGGUCGCACAAGCCGGUCGCUCGUUCGUGUGGAUGGGAGAGUCUCGCCCUUGUCAUCGUCAUCCUCGAUCUCUGUGGUUGAUGGUAGGGAAGAAGGCAAGUACACCUGGAAGUCAACGACCGGUAGGCGGGUCAGAUCAUCUUCCUCGUCUUCGUCAUUGAGGGCCACAGCGCAAGAUUGGAGCGCCACGUGGCUUCCUCCUUCGUCAUCUUGCGGCUUCUUGUCUGGAUUGUCCACGUCAUCGUCUUCGUCUUCGUCCUCCUUUUUCUCGCGAAGGUCAUCAUCAAGGCAGGCUGAUCCGCUCGAUGGCAGCUCGUCCUUAUUAUUCACUCACAGGAAAAAGAGUAGCGGGGAAGAUGAUGGAGGAAAGCCCACUCGCGUACGAGGUGUCUCUUCAUCCGCCUCGUCUUCUUCCAACCUGGCAUCCGCCAUCACUGCCACGCAGGAUGGCAAUGAGGCGGCGGCGCUCACCAUCGCGUCCUCAUUUGUCAGCUUCCCUGGGCGACAUGCUACCUUCUCCUCUCGGAAGAGACGAUCAUGCCCCUCCUUCUCCCAUCUCCUCCCUCAAUGUCGCUUGUCGAGUCCCCGAACGUGGUCCCCUUCGGCGCUAUCGUCGAACAACCCCAAUCUCUCCUCUCCCUCCUCCUCCGCUGCCAUCCCCACGGCGCAAGGCGACGACGUACGGAAGCAGUCCACGACUGCAGAGAGUGGUUUGUCAAGGCUGAGUGCGUGCGAUGGGUUGGCGGCAGAUCGCUCCAGCUGUCUGCAGUCGAUGGGGAGGAAGAAGAUGCUGACGGCGGUGAGGACAUCAGCCGCUGCAAGCGGAAGCGGGAGCGCAGGGGGAGCGGGAGCGGGCGCGGGCGGAGGCGCGGGAGCAGCGAAUACGAGCGGAAGCGUGGGGAACGAGGCGGGGACGAUCAGGAGAGGUGGGAGCGUGGCCCCGCCUUCGCUGCUAACGGAGGAGGAGAUCGAGGAAGAUGUCGGGCUUCAGAAUCAAGCGCCGGUGCAGCAGUUCCCCGUCCCCCCGAUGGGCGGCGACGGGGUGGAUCUUGCCUCUCUGGCCAUUGAUGAUGAUGUUGGCCUAGACGAGAUGCUCAGCAUGCGCCUCCCGUCUCACCCCAAACUCCACAGGGGGCAAUUGAAGAACGGACUAAGGUAUGUCAUCCUGCCCAACAAAGUGCCGCCCAAUCGAUUCGAAGCACAUCUGGAAAUGCACGUGGGUUCUGUGGACGAGUUGGAGGGCGAGCAAGGCAUCGCUCAUCUGAUAGAGCACGUGACGUUUCUGGGGAGCAAGAAGAGAGAGAGGCUGUUGGGUACUGGGGCAAGGUCGAACGCGUACACGGACUUCCAUCACACGGUCUUUCACGUUCACGCCCCGGUGAUGGUCCAAGCUACCGGCGAACCGAUGCUGCCGCUCGUCUUGGAAGCUCUGCACGAGAUCGCAUUUAAGCCCAAGUUUCUGCCGUCGAGGAUUGAAAAGGAACGGCGCGCAGUGCUGUCGGAGUUGCAGAUGAUGAACACCAUCGAGUACCGAGUCGAUUGCCAGCUUCUGCAGCAAUUGCACUCCGAAAACCUCUUGGGAAGCCGAUUCCCCAUCGGUCUGGAAGAGAGGAUACGAGCAUGGGAGGGCGAUCAAAUCCGAGCGUUCCACGAGCGGUGGUACUUUCCCGCCAACGCGACGUUGUUCCUGGUCGGCGACCUGGGAAGCGUCAGCCGUACGAUCGAGAUGAUCGAAGCGCAGUUCGGGUCAACGCCGCCGGGCAUGGUGCAUCCACGCGGCGCGUCGGCGGCGGCGGCCUCGUCGUUGUCGUCUUCUGGUACGACUACCCAUCAGAUCGGCUCGUCGUCCUCGCCGUCGUCUGUGCUGGAUUUGCCGAGUUGCCCGCCUUCUUCCGCAGGGGUGGCGGCGGCGACCGUCACGGGGAACGGCGGCGCCGCCUCGGCCGCCAGCUCGCCGAUGAGAGCCAUUCCGAGUGCGUUGUCGCCGCCGACGACCGGUCCUCCGGUGUCCGUGCGCAAGGAACGGCACGCAAUCCGCCCUCCUGUGGAGCACCGCUGGUCCGUGCAGUGGUCGCCGUACAUGCGCAGCGGCUACGCCGCCCCCAGAGGAUCGACGUCGCUUCCCCACGUGUUUCAGCACGAGCUGCUGCAACACUUCUCCCUCAGCGUUUUCUGCAAGACCCCCGUGCGACCGGUCGUCACCUUCGGCGACCUCCGCAACGUCCUCAUGCAACGCAUCUUGCUCUCUGCCCUCCAGUUCCGCAUCAACGCGCGCUACAAGAGCGCCUCUCCGCCGUUCAUUGGCAUCGAGCUGGAUCACAGCGACUCCGGGCGCGAGGGCUGCGCCGUCACCACGCUCACGGUCACCGCCGAGCCCCGCCACUGGGAGGGCGCGGUCAAAGUCGGCGUCCAAGAAGUCAAACGCCUCCGGGAGUUUGGCGUUACCCGAGGGGAGCUCACAAGAUACCUUAAUGCUCUUCUCAAGGACAGCGAGCAUCUCGCCGCCAUGAUCGACAACAUCCCGUCCGUAGACAAUCUCGAUUUCAUCAUGGAGAGUGAUGCGUUAGGUCACACGGUGAUGGAUCAGCAACAGGGCCACGCGUGCUUGACGGCGGUGGCGCAGACUGUCACGCUGGCGGAUGUGAACGCGACGGCGGAGGCGCUGAUGGAAUACGUAGCGGAUUUCGGAUCCGAAAGCGCGCCGAUCCCGGCUGCCAUCGUGGCGUGCGUGCCGAAGACGGUGGUUAAUGAGAGAGGGGAGGAGGAGGUGUUCAGCAUUUCGCCCGUUCGGAUUGGCCAGGUCAUCACGGAGGGACUGGCGCAGCCGAUGUCUCCCGAGCCGGACGUCGAGGUUCCCAAGGCUCUGAUUCCCCCGCUCAUGGUGCACGCGAUGAAGCUGCGCGGGGGCGCGAGCUUCGUCCCGCUCUACGAAAAUGGCGCGCCCGGCGUGAUGGGCGGGGGGGGGAAAAGCGCGACGUUGACGAAGUUGCGCGACGAGGUGACGGGCGUGGUUCAGCGGCGGCUAUCGAACGGCAUUAGGGUAAACUACAAGCGGACGCAGAACGAGGCGCGCGGGGGGAUGCUCCGCGUGGUCGCGGAAGGCGGAAGGGCGCGCGAAGUGCCGGAGCUCAGCGGCGCUGUGGCCGUGGGCGUGCGAACCCUCUCCGAAGGCGGCGCCGUCGGCAAGUUUACCCGCGAGCAAGUGGAGCUGUUCUGCGUCAGCAACCUCAUCAACUGCGUCCUCGAGGCUGACGAGGAGUUCCUCUGCAUGGACUUCCGCUUCACGAUGAGAGAUGGCGGCAUGCAGGCCACGUUUCAGCUUCUCCAUAUGGUCCUUGAACACUCUGUGUGGCUAGAGGACGCCCUCGAGAGGGCCAAGCAGCUCUACCUCUCUCAUUACCGCUCGAUGCCCAAGAGCCUUGAGAGAGCCACGGCGCAUCGAUUGAUGAGUGCGAUGUUCGGCGGAGAUCGGAGGUUCCUGGAACCUUCCCCCGAGGCGAUCGCCCGCCUGACGUUGUCCGAUGUACGAGAAGUCGUGAUGAAGCAGCUGGCGACGGGCAAUCUCGAGGUGUCCGUGGUGGGGGAUUUCGAGGAGGAGGAGGUGGAAAGGUGUCUGCUCGACUACCUGGGUACGUUGACUCCCACAACCACCAGCUCCAUUUCGUCGUCGUUGGGUGGAGGAGGAGGGCGAGGGGAGAAAGGGAGGGCAAAGACGGGGACAGGUGGGGGGGGGAAGAAGGAGAAAAAGAGUGUGCGAGGUGGAGUAGGAGAGGCGUUACUGUCGGUGAUUAGGCGAGGGACAGGUCAGCAGCAACAGAAUGACGUGGCGGCAGACGAUGGGGAAGGGGAGGACGAGGAGGAGGAGGAGAGGGUGGUGCGGAUCGUCGAAGGACCGUUGGAUCCCGCCUUGAGACAUCAACAGGUCUUCCUUCGGGAUACCGAUGACAGGGCUUGCGCGUACAUUGCUGGCGCUGCUCCCAAUCGGUGGGGGUACACGUCAGACGGUCGGGAUCUGAACACGAUCGUGGAACCCGUUCCUCCAUCCAUGACAGAGGAGCAGGCGUGGAGAAUGUCGUCGAUCGGCGUGGAGGUGAUUCCAUCGCCCGACGGCGAGUACUAUGAUGAGCAGCAGCAAGGGGGGGAGGGCGAGCAGGAAGGGGGAGCACGGAGGAGGAGGAAGCUGAUGUGGAAGCGAAAGAGGCAUCCCCUCUAUGGCAGCGUUUCGUUGGCGCUCCUCGCUGAAAUCAUCAACGCCCGCCUCUUCACGACUGUAAGAGACGCGUUGGGAUUGACGUAUGACGUGUCUUUUGAACUGUCGCUGUUUGAUCGUCUCAAGACAGGCUGGUUUGUGAUCUCGGUGACCUCCACGCCGGCGAAGAUUGAGCAGGCCGUAGAAGCUUCUCUGAACGUUCUUCGGGGUGUCCAUGGGAAUCGCGUCACGCAGCGAGAGUUGGACAGAGCCAAGAGAACGCUGCUGAUGAGGCACGAAUCUGAUCUCAAGGAUAAUGCCUAUUGGUUGGGUUUACUAACGCAUCUUCAGGCGCCAAGUGUCGAGAGAAAGGACGUGGGCUGCAUCAAGGAGUUGCCAUCGCUGUACGAAAUGGCCACGACGGAUGACAUUUAUCACGCGUACGAGGCGCUGAAGAUAGAAGACGAUGAGAUCUUCACGUGUGUGGGAAUCGCCGGAGGAAGCAUAAAUGCGGAGGACGGAGAGGCAGGAGGUAUGAUGGGAGGUGAAGUGGAGGGGGCUGUCGGGGAGGAAGAUGGAAGAGAGAAUCCUGCCGUUCCCCCAGUGCAUGGCGGCCGUGGAUCUACCACCAUGACAAGACCAACGACGUAGCGAUGAGCACCUUGAUUGAUGUAUGGCCAAAUGAACCCGUCUCUGUGUGUGUGUGUGUGUGUGUGUGUGUGUGUGUGUGUGUGUNUGUGUGUGUGUGUGUGUGUGUGUGUGUGUGUGUGUGUGAGAGAGAGAGAGAGAGAGAGAGAGAGAGAGAGAGAGAGAGAGAGGUGGGUUGAUCUUGAUCUUCAGCACGGGACCUUUGAGGGUGCAUGCGACGGUGAGCAGGGGCGAGAAUGGAGGAAGAGAAAUGACGGCGUGAGAGUCUUGAUGGAUUAGCUCUACUACCAGCUUGCGGGAGGCAGGUAGUGUAUAAAUCGAGAAGCCACGGGCAUGGCCAUGUGUUAGUGUAUGUAUGAAUAUCGCAGCAUAGGGGUGCUAUGUUGCAUUGGCAGUAAACAUUUUGCCACUUGGUGUGUGUGUGUGUGUGUGUGUGUGUGUGUGUGUGUGUGUGUGUGUGUGUAAGGGGGGAGGAGGAAUGAUUGCUGCGGCCACCCGGCUUUGAUGAAUUGGUAUCGCGUGACAGAGUGAGGGGAGGGAAGGUGGGAAGGGAGGUGGGAGGGGGCAUAGGCGGAGGGACUAGAGGAAGCAGCGCAACAAUUGUCGUCGCAGACGAAUGACUUCGUUCAUUCGUUCAUUCGUUCUUGUUUGUGUGAUGAAGAGAGAGGGUGGAGGGUUAGGUAGAAUUGGUCGGGGGCUUUGCACCUCACCAAGAAUGGGAAAAGAGGGGGGCCGGGGCCGUUGACGGUACUCAUAGAUCAAGGGGGCGGUGAAAGGGGGGGUUGAUGAAAGGGGGAAGGGUGGUUAUGGAUUCGCCCUUUAUGGAGGGGGAAAGGGUUGUGGGAGGAGGAGGGUAUAGGAGAUUGUGGGCAAAUUGGGGGAAGGGGAAAGGGUUGUACUAGGAAAAGUCAGCUACGAAGUCAUUUUGGCGGGAAGUGCAGGUGUGCAUGCCACGUGUGCUUCAGUCGGGGUCGGGGUUUACACUGAUGGCAGGCGAUCAGUCGGGGUCGGGGUUUACACUGAUAGCAUGCAACGUGUCGUAGGAACAUUACGCGUUUUCACCUUCUUCAGACUGAUGAUGAUUAACAGUUCAAGAACGAUCGGAAUGCAUUGACCUUUUUUUUUUUUUGGAUCGACCAUUUUGAAUGAACCAAGGAACGGUGUUGGUUUUAUUUUAUUUUAUUUUGCUCAUUUAUUUUUUCAGUUCAUUGUUUUCAAAUUUAGUUCUUUUUUUUUAAUUUUUUCUCCGUUGAUCCGCGCCCGGUUUAGUUCCGCCAGUCUUUUGACGAACCGGCAUGGACUGUGCAGUUACUGCACUGAUAGAAAAGGACGGGGAAAGAUUUUGUGUUUGUGUUUGUGUGUGUGUGUGUGUGUGUGUUCGUGUGUGUGUGUGUGUGUGUGUGUGUGUGUGUGAGAGAGAGAGAGAGAGAGAGAGAGAGAGAGAGAGAGGAGAAGGAGGAGGAGGUAAUGUAUAAUGUAUAAUGUACGUGUACAAAAAAGUAGAUGCUCGAGUUGAACUCAACGUAGACACAACUGUUCGUUUUUGGGAAUGACUGAGGCAAUUGCGUACUGGGAACAUGAUGGGAGUAGUACUGAUACCUGUCUUCUCUUCUUUUCUGCUCCCCGUACUCUUUUCUUCACUAUUAAAACUUGAUUGUCG